AUGGCCACUAGGUGGCUUUCUUGGCUCCUGCUGUUUGUAGGUGGAGUGAGCUUCGUGGGCAACUGGAAGACACCUGGAUCUACCAUCUCCCGGACGGCUCGAAGGGCAGCUGAGCCGCAGCCGCAGCUCUCCCCUCCGUCUGUGCCGGCAGAUGCAAGGUGGGACUUGUGGCCAGCCCUGCCCAUCGCGCCCUACGAAAGGCGACGUACCUUCUUGGUAGAGUACAUUCCGGGAGAGCUCUGGGGCUUGGAACAGAAGCUCGGCUUGCUGUAUGUUCACGUCCCCAUUCGCAUGACAGUCCUGCGUUUAGAGUCUGGUGGACUCUUGGUUUAUGGGGCGGUUGCCCCAACCGAUGAGUGCCUGUCGCUGCUCCGCGAGCUCGAGUCUAAGUACGGGGCCGUCCGUUUCUUGGUUCUGCCGACCGUAGCCGUGGAGCACAAAACCUUUGCGGGGCCUUUGGCACAGCGGCUUCCGGAUGCAGAGGUUUGGAUCGCACCAGGCCAGUACUCCGUUCCUCUACCACUGCCGCUAGCCUUCUUGGGCUUUCCCCUCUUCGGUGUGCGAGAGCUGCCACGGGACAGUGCUGGAGCCGAUCUUCCAUGGGGCAAGGAGCUGGAGCACAGUGUCUUUGGCCCAGUGGGCAAGGACCCCUCUACCGGGGCCUUUUGCGAGGCAGCCUUUUAUGUGCCGCGUUUGCGGGUGCUGCUUCUCACGGACUUGCUGAUCUCGAUUCCUCGGGACCCACCGUUGGUGCUGAGGGAAGAUCCGCGGCCUCUGCUUUUCCACGCGAGGGACGGUCCUUUGGAACCGGUCGAAACAGACGAGAGGGCACUGCAGCGAGGCUGGCAACGGAUCGUGAUCUUCUCCCUCUUCUUCCAAUCGGGUGCCAUUGACGUCCAGCCGGUGGAGGAAGCUUUCCGUGAUGCCCAAAAGUCUCAGGCGCCUGAGUUGGGAUGGGCUGGCUUGCUUCCGUGGAACUAUCGGGACGACUGGCAAGAAGCCUUCGAGGCCAUCAGUGGCGGAGUGCUCGUCCCUCCCAUUCUUCAGGCUCUUGUGCUAAAUAGAGGAGAGCGGGACACUACCCAGCUGCGCGAGUUUGUCGCUUUGGUCGCCGAGAGGUGGCCCUUCGAGCAGAUGCUCUCGCUCCACUUUGCGGGGCUGACACGCUGCACUCCGGGAGAUUGGACUUCGGCCUUCCGGCGCUUCCUCGAUGAGCCCACCCUUCCCUUCGCGACCUUCGGGCCACGUCCGCGCGACAAGGACCUCGCCUUCCUCAGAGACUUUGGUUCACAGCUGCAGUCCAUUGGCAACAUCGAGCCUUUGUCGGAGAAGCGCCAGACGUUUUUCUAG